GGGAGGUGUUUCAGGGAGGGGCCAAAUUGUAGUCUUAUAUUGGGAUGCGGAGUCGAAACCGGUAUCUGCAAUAGCCGACACUCAUCGCAGACAUUUGCGUUUUUGUGAGGCACCUGUCCAAAAAUCCCCGCACAAGAGACAUCUGGCCUGAAAGAUGAAGAUUGAGAACAGCCUGCCAUGCACCCAACUCCCUGAGGCACCACCUCAGACUGAUCUCCAGUUCACCGUGGCAACAGAGGAUGAUUUUGAUGACAUCAUGGCUAUGAGCCAGGAUAUCUACGGCGGGCUGGACUACCUACCCACCCGCUACCAAACCUGGUUGCAGGAAACCAACCGCACCGUCAUUCUGGCACGCAAGCAGGGCAAAGUGAUUGCUCUGGAGUCUGUGGUCAUUAUUGAUGAUGGGGAGACGAUGCUGGUGGAGGGUCUCCGCGUGGCCCCUCAGGAGAGAGGGAAGGGCGUGGCCGGGGUCCUGCUUAGAUUCUGCUCCCAGAUGGUUAAGUCCAAGUACCCAGAUGUUAAAGUUAGCCGUCUGACACGAGACGACCAGCUUGGCCCGAAAGAAUUUCAGAAGUACCGUUUGAUCACCAAACAGGGAAUCCUUCUGGUUCGCUUUCGAGCUGAAGACCUCAAGUUGCGUUUGGCUGAGAUGGGCCCCACUGCGGGCCUCCCAGCAGAUGGCCUCACCCCUCCCCAUGCCCCGGUUCAUCUGGAUCCCUCUGAGGUAUGCCAGCUCUUCCUGAGCUCGGGUCUGAUGCGUAACGUCCUACCCAAUGCCACCAUUGUCCAGGACUGGCAGCCCUUCAAACCAUUGCCAAGCAACAUGGGCAUCCUCCUGAAGAAAGACAUCGAUUGGAUGGUGGACGAUGCCAGCAGUCCCACCGUUGCCAGUCUGUGCACCUUCCCCUUCCGGGUGCCCAUUGGUGAUGAUUGGUACUACCUUAACAUUGAUAUGUUUGGCAAGGAUCUGUCACUGGUCCUGCAGCAGUUCCUGAGUCACCUGAGGCGACACACAAGCACCCUGAAAGGCCACGUCAUGUGCCAGGUGUUCCUGGAUCCACCACUGUGGAAGCCGGUGGCUGAUUUCUGCCGUGACGCACUCGGCGUGGAGCUGGUGAAGGAGUACACAGAGCAGUGUGUGGUGGAGUCUGAUAUUGUUUAAAGAGAGCAGUAUCAGCAGCAAGUUAACAGAUACCCCUGAUCCCAUGAACCCUCAAGAACCACAGCUAACAUUGAUGACUCCCUUAACUGAGGCCAAACUGAAGUGUAACCUUUUAAAACCACAACAGCAAUACAUAACAAGAACAUGGCCAUGAGAUACUUGAGCAGUGUUUGGGAACUUAAUAGUAUUCUUAUCAAUUAAGCUUGUAAUGUACCACAGCUCAUGGGAAAGCUAAUGUAGGGUACUUAAUUUACCUAACCCUUUGUGUACAUACCUAUAAAUAUAUUUAGUAAUAUGGUAUAUGUGUAAAUGCAUAUACUGAGUUGCAAACAAAUCUGCACAACUCUUACAGCACUUUAUAAAAACCAUCAUGGAAUCCUGUGCUCAGUACUAAAACAUAUGGGGUUGGUUAGCAUGAGCAAUCACUCUCAGAAAUCGUGCACCGCAGCAGUUACCUUUAGAAGAGGGGGGAUACGGCCAAGAUAUAGACCGCACUCAGGCUCUUGUUGAAAGAGAAUGGACACCCAGCUGCCCUCUGUGGAACAUUUAAACUAGAUUUAAACUCUAAUCCUCGUGGAAAAAGUUUGACCAAUCUCCAGGAACCUGUGCUGCUUCUAACAAAUUCCCCUUUCAAUUAAGUUCUCGCCAGAGGCGACUAUGCUGCGAGUGCUUACUAUUCAUUAACCAAUUUAUUAAUGUUUAAUAUGCAAGAAUUAAAGUGGGAAGCCUUUUUACGUUAAAAUCACCUUUUGCAUAUAUACAUGAACACUCAGCAGUAUCACAACUAUGUUAUUUGUAAUUAUUUGAGUUUUACUGCAAGAGAUAUAAAUAAGAGAUAAUAUAUUUAUUGUAGGUCCACUCAUGAUGCUGUUUGAUGUUUAGCAUUAGUGUCCACUCAAAGAUUGCUUGCAAGCAUACUGAAUGAAAUUCAAGUUUUGUUUAAAAUAUCAUUUAGACCAACAGAUAUUUUAAGUUCUGCAUUUUCAAUUUAUCUAGCUUAGACAAAAUCCAUUAUUAUCACACAAUUCUUAAAAAAUUCUUCAAAUGAGGAAUCCAAACAACAAAGAAAACAUACACUGAUCAUAUACAAAUUGGUGACCUUCAACUUGAUAUAUAAAUAGAUGACUCUAGUAUGCAAGCUUUCCCUUUGAACUGGUCCGUUUAUUCCCAUUUUACAAAUAGAGUCACUUUUUCAGUCAUAGUGUAGAAUUUUCAGUUGCAAUGCCCAGAGCUCCACCCGUGUCUCAUCAACACAAUGGAAAACUGACUGCUCAUUUUUUUACUCUGUUAAGAGUAUAUCAUGAAGAAAGAAGGAACACUGAAGAAUUCUCUUUUUCAUUUGACCAAGGACACAGACUCACCAUCACUCUACCUGAGGGACUUUACUUCCUUUUCAAAAACUGUCAAUUCAUUCCCAGCUAUGUAAACUUGAACAUGACCAAAUUACGGGGGGAGUUUUCAAAUAUGUUUGAAAUUGAAAACAAGCAUAAACAGCAAAUGAAAAAAAGAUGCAAUGACUGAACAAACGAUAAAACUAAAUUUGAAUCCCUGGUUUAAAUCAAGCCUAGAAGACACUAAAAAAGGAAAUUCCAGACGAACAUUAAAUCUUCUUGAGAAGAAUGCCCUCGCCCCGUGACGCUCUAAUGGAUGGAGUUAUGUUAAAUACUCCCCCAAAAUGAAGAUGCCACAGUGAGUGGCUAGAAUUUAGUUUUACACGAGCAAAUGGACUGCACCGGAUGAAGAAAACAAGAAACCCACCGAGAAGAAGUCACCUCCAGACCGUCAUCCAUCCUUUUCUUCCUUAAAUACCCUGUCUUACUCUUCUUCCCUCCUUUCCGGCAGACCCACAACCCCAUUUGACCUUACGCACCCUUCACCCUCCCCAACCCUUGCGACUUGGUCUCACUCUUGGUUCUGAAUUCCUAACUUUAAAAAAAUGACCUCCUCCAAAACUAAUGAAUUACUAAAGUGGUCCAAAAGAUCUGUAGAUGAUCAUGAGUACCCAUAAGGAGCCCUGUCCUUGGCAUCCAUUCAGGCCAUUUUGGCUUGUCACAACUGUGGUAGCACGUCAUUUCAAAUUCAACUGUAUGAUGACAUGUUUUGGACCUUGCACUGUCUGUACUGUAAGGUUUAAAACAGCCCCAUUGAUCUAUUAUAAAAAAGGUGUUUAUUCUAGAGCAGUGGAUACCGCUCUGCAAGAUCCAUGCAUAGAUGUCCAUAAUGGAUUGCCGUCCUCAAAUUGUACUCAAAUUGUACAAAUUGUGUCUAAUGGAAGGUCCCAUUUGAUUUCAAAUUUGAAAUUUGUGCUCUCUCCGAGAUGGUCUGAGUUUCUGUUCAAAUCUAUGAAUGGAUUAUUGUGCUUCUCAAGGUUCCCAUUCCCUUAGAACCAUACUCCCAAAGCUACUGUGAGUGGCAGCAGGUUUGACCUCUGAACUCUCAACAACUCCAGCAUGAUGGUUUCAGAGCUCUUCGGAGCUCUACAGUGGGACUGAUCUGUCUCUGAUUUGUAUCUGUUUAUUUGAUUUUUUUAAUGGCAUGUUGUCUUACUGUUAAGGUGAACAGCUGACACCCCUGCAGUCAGAGCCAAACACUGCUCAGGAGAUAUGGGAAUGACAGUUGGAAUCUUAGGAAUUUGUAUAAUUUGUAUUCUUUGUAGGUAUGGAAAAGAGGCAAACCAUUACAGUAUUGCAUACAUUACAUAUGAAAUUCCACUAGGACAAUAUUUUGUCUGCAUAUUUUCCCAUCAUGGAUAUAUCUGGUCAGCCACAGCUGGAACCGAUGAGUACAGAUUCUGGUUAGCAACCAGAAACACAAAUGGAAAAAUUGUGUUUAAUCUAAAUCAGUUUUUGGUCAAAGUCAUCUAUAACGUUAGUUGAUUGCUGUAAACCAUGUCAUAAUAGCAGUAAGGGUCUAUGAUGUGUUGUAAACAGCUAACAUAACAGCUUUAGCCUGGUAUAUUUGCAAUAUACCAUGGUUCCCCUGGUAUAACAGCUGCAGUAAGAAGAGUGGGUACAGACUAUUUGCUUUACAAAAAAGGGAGGUAUUGUAGUAAGUUUGUUGAAAUAAAUGUGUGCAUGUCAUGAUGGCACUGAUGCCCUUGUAACAAAAUGAAUGGUGUAAACAUCU